UAUGUGGGAAAAGAGGUGAAGAAAGUGGAGUACAACCCCACAUACGCAGAACUAUUCGACCCAAUUCAGGGACCGGAGACCCCCAAUCUGACAAACCAGAAACGAGCCCCCAAAAACAUAUUAAACGCCUACGUAGAACCCUGCUUUGUAGACGAAUUCAGUUUCGACAAUCAGAGACUGACAUAUCACACAAUGAGUAUGUCAUGGCCUCACCCACAGGACAUGCCGUCGACCCCGCGGACGGAUGCACGAAGGUGGGGAAGACGUGGAUGGACGUGGACUACUACCAACUCAAGUCUAUCAACAACAAGCGAAAGAGACUGAGGAAUGACGACGCCGGGGAUAUUGAGGGGUUUAUGGGGCCUUGGGCUCCCUUCGAGGGGGAGGAGGCAGUGAGUCGACCCAAUCAGGACCAACUGAAAGAACUAAACGAAAUUGUGGCGAAAAGGAAUGCAAAGAAGGGGAAUGCCCCUCUGGAGACCAAUUACGACGUGAAGAGUGUUCUCCACGGUAGGAUUCUGUGUUAUUGCAGUGACGGAGACGGUGGAUUACAUGGGCAGGUCUUUUAUCAACACUCCCAUCGACGCGGGAAUCAAUCUCCAGACGGACUAUGUCCCGACCAAGUGUUAUACUCCCAAGAAACUGAUUCACACUUGGAGUGGACACACCAAGCAGAUCAUGACUAUGAAAUGGUUCCCCAAUUCUGCCCACCUUCUCCUUUCAUGUGGAAUGGACGCAGUUGUGAAGGUCGGCUGUGUGUGGUAUUUAGAUUUGGGAAGUCUAUGGGAAGAGGAGGUGUAUUCAGAGUUACUACGGACACCAUAAUGCGGUGAGGGAUGUUUGCUUCAACAAUGCCGGGGACCGUUUUUUGAGUGCUGGGUACGAUCGGAACAUUCGUAUGUGGGACACGGAAACUGGCCAGUCGAUCGUCCGAUUUAACAACAAGAAUAUUCCCUACUGUGUCAAGUUCAAUCCAGACAACGACAAACAACACUUUUUCCUCACAGGCACGUCUAGUAAGAAGAUC